GGCCCCUGCUUUCACUCCACGUCAGGUUUUUGUCAACGUUUGUGUGUUCUUUUAUUUUGAAAGCAGCACACAAAACCGGAAACCAUGAGUUUUGCAGCUUUCCUUUUCUGUUCAGUCCCACCCGAAAUCUUCCGAACCUUAGCGACCGGGUUUCAGGUGGCAGUGCGGAAGGAAGCCUGCCUUUUCGCUGUGGUCCAGACAUUAAACUGACGGAACCUGAAUUUUUACUGCAGAAGCAGAAAACCAGGCCGUCGUUGCCUGCAGAACAAGACGUUAACCGGUGGACUAAACCCUGGUCGGACCUGCGGGAUAUUUUACUUUCUCUAACAGCGAGAAGACAAGACUGGUUCAGUUUAUAUCUGAGGUCCCUAAGGCACCUUUGUGAACAGGUGCCAUGAGCCGGGAGCUGAGCGUGCAGAUGGGCUCCCCGGUCCCCGGGGUCUCUGAGCCGCCGCCUCCUGACAACGGGGGCAUGGACUACAGGGACUGGGUGCGGCGCAGCUACCUGGAGCUGGUCAGCUCCAACCACCACUCAGUCCAGGCCCUGUCCUGGAGGAAGCUCUACCUGAGCCGGGCCAAGCUGAAGGCCAGCAGCCGCACCUCUGCCCUGCUCUCUGGCUUCGCAAUGGUGGCCAUGGUGGAGGUGGAGCUGGAUUUGAAGUACAGCUACCCUCGAGAGCUGCUCAUCUCCUUCGCCGUGUGCACCACGGUGCUGGUGGCCGUUCACCUCUUCGCCCUUCUCAUCAGCACCUGCAUCCUGCCCAACGUGGAGGCCGUCAGCAACAUCCACAACCUCAACUCGGUCAGCGAGUCGCCGCACGAGCGCAUGCACCACUACAUCGAGCUGGCCUGGGGGUUCUCCACGGCGCUGGGCAUCCUGCUGUUCCUGGCCGAGGUCGUGCUCCUCUGCUGGAUCAAGUUCCUGCCCGUCGACUGUGGAUCCAAGGAAUGCCCCACCAGGCCCACCCCCACCAGCACUCCGGUGAGUGGCAGAGCCGGCUGGCAGGCGGCGCUGGCCUCCACCAUCAUCAUGGUCCCGGUGGGAAUCAUCUUCCUCGUCUUCACCAUCCACUUCUAUCGCUCCCUGGUGGGCCACAAGACGGAGCGCCACCACCAGGAGAUCGAGGAACUGCACAAGAUCAAGGUGCAGCUGGACGGCCAGGAGAGAGGCCUGCAGAUGGUGUGAUGACGGGACUCACAGCGGCGCUACAGACUCGGCCAUGUUGGAUAUUUAUAGAGCUGGGCCUCAGACUGCCAAGUUCUUUUAAAGGGGAACGAUUUGGGAAUCCUGGCCCGAUCUGCAGACCUGUUGAGGUCAAAACUAUAAAAAGUUUACAGACAACAAAAAGGGCUAUUCCAUACCAAAAUGCACUUUGCCUCUUAUUUACAACGGUAGCUUCAUUUGGAAAUGAGCAACUUCCUGUUUUCAUCUCUUCUUAUCAGUGGAAUCUUUCAGGAUUUGACUUGCAGCUUCUGUUCGAACCAACCUAGUUUUCACGCUCAGCCAAAGAGAGUUCUCAUUUAGUCAGGUGGGCUUUUAGUUGGAUUAACCAUAAUCUGUGAUGAAAAAGUGAUGCCAAAGCUCCUCGCAUGCUUCCAUUCAGAAACAAUGUUACAUUUCCAUGGUGUCCAAAAUGACAGUGCCCUCUAGAGGACAUGGAGGAAUUUUUAUCUUUUGUGAUCUAUUCUAACAAUAUCACAGCACAUUAGGGCCAUUGUAGAUGGAAAAAAAAUAUGCCAAACAUUUUUUAGAUUAUUCUCAGAAAUUUUCAGAAAAAAACUAGGAAAUUUCUGAGUUUCAAAAGUCAAACAUUUUAAACUUUUGGAACUUCUGGAAUUUCCAAAAGUUGAACAUCUUCCUCUUCCAUGACAUGGAAUAUCAGGACUGAUUUUUUUCGUUGCAAACAGAGCUUAGUGACUUUUGAAAGUGAAUAUUUCCAUAAGGAAAAUAUUUUUGACUUUUGAAACUCAGAAAUCUCCAAAAUUUUGUAGAUUUCCAAGUUUUCUCCUGCAAAGUUUUAACUUAUUAAUUUCAGAAAGUUUCACAUUUUUUCUAGAAAUUUUUUCAGAUCAAUCUAAAAAUAUCUGUGUGUUUUUUGGACAUUUUCUCUUGUUUUUUUUGUUUUUUUUCUGUCUACAAUGGCACUAACACGCCAUCAGACAAUAAUUUGUUUGCUAGUCGUUUUAUGCAGCAUCUUGAAUACUAAAAGUCUUUCUGCUACAACUAGUAAGACAUUUACUUGUAUGUUAAUAUCGGACGUUUUUAAUAUAUUUUUUUUCUUUAAGAUAGAAACACGUCAAACUUAUGUGCAAAAUGCCAGAAUAAAACAGGUGACAAGUGUCAAUCUUUACAAUAUCUUUACUCUAAAGGAUAAACACAACAUAACCUUUCAAUGAGAAAUAAAUAAAUCCAAAUUACUUAAACUAUUUUACAGUUAUUUUCAGUGGUGGAUGUGUAUUUUUCAUGUUAGUGGUCUGAAUGGUUAAUUAAGGGACUUUUUCUAUCUGCAGUCCUACAAAAACAAACUUGAACAUGAAUUAAGUUGAGGUAGUUACAGCUGCAUCUCAAUAAAUUAGAUUAUGAUGGAAAAAAUGCGCAAAUACAGACAUUAUGUUUAAAAACUAAUGUAGAACAAUUUCACGCCCCCAAAAAAGUGUUUAUUUCUGCUCAUUUUGUUGAUUCCUGCUUACAAAGAAUGAAAAUCCAAAGUUCUGUUCCUCAAAAUUAAAAUAUCCACUUGGGCUUUUUCAUACCAGAUCUGAUUUUAGUUUAAAAUUUUUUAUAUAUUUUUUGCUUUCUUUUCUAAAAAAAAAAAUUACAAAUGAUAGGAAAAAGUUUUGUAUCCAGCUGGUUGUUUUUAUUUCAACCAUUCCUUCUGGGUUAUAUGAGAAUUUUUUGUUUAAUUAUGAGAAUACAGUUAUAAUACUAGCAGAAUAAAGCCGCAAUUUUACCAGAAGAACGUCAUUAAAUAGUUUUUAGAAUUUUUCUUUUUUUUUUUUUGUUAUUUUCAAGCAUGAAGGAAGCUUGUGCUGGAAGCAUAGCUCAAAUUCCAGCCGUUUUCCUUCCACUUAAUUUUACUUCAACCAUUUUGCUUUGCAAGCAAGCAAAAUGGUUUAUGCUUGCUUGCAUAAACCAGUCUUCGAACACCCAUCUUAUUUUUCAGGAAGGUCUGAUGUGAUAUUUAAAAUGUUUAGAAAGCAAAUUGUGGGUUUUUAUUGACUGCAAGUCAGAGUCAUCCAAGUUAGAGAAAUGAAUGCGGGUUGUGAAUAAUUUAGUUUCAUUUUUUUCAUUCUCUGAAAAUUAAAUGUUUACUUCCUGUUUUCUCGUCAGUUGAGUGUUUCUCUUGUGAUUCUGCAAGGUGACUGAUUCAGAGCAUAUAUGUUUAAAUAACUUUUAAAAAGAUGCAUUAACUUAUCUCACAGCUGACUGACUUCACUGUGCUUUUAUAGUUUCUGAAAGUUUCUUCUGUUGCCUGUUACAAAGGAAACAAACCCGCCUGGAUGCUGUUUGAAAUGCUUCAAUAUCUGAACUUGUUCCUAUUGCCUUACAGAAAAACUGCCUUGAGUUUGCUGGAUGAACUGUUCAUAUUUUAUUUUAUUUUUUUAAGGAACAUGAACCAAAUUAUUGUCACAUUCCCAAAAAAGAAAACAGAAACACGACAGACCAAAGUGCCGUUCAGUUCAUUUUUAUUUAAUUUUGUUGUUGUUGUUCUCAGAAGAAUAAAAAAAGUGGACGGUUUCUAUUUAUCUGUUUCGUAAAGUCAUAAGUAACUUGAUCCGUUUGUUUCAUGUCUGUGGACCCUGCUGGGUUCUGCAGAGAUCACGGGUCAGAACCUGGAAUGUUCCGCUCAAUAAAACAAAGGUCAAUAUUUU